AUGAUCUUUUACUACAUAACCAUAAUAAUUCUCUCCCUCACAACACAAGCCCAUCUCAAAUGCCAUCCCGAAGGCUCCAUUCUGCCCAAACCAACAUCCCUCACCACCUCUCCCAUCUUUAAGUCAUCAGCAGUCAACUUGACAAGCACUCUCGAUGCAGCUAUAUCUGGGUCCAUCAAAGCAGGCUGGCCAGUAAACAACGUGUCAUUCUCGCUCGCUGUAGUAAGCGCAGAAAGCCACAAACCAGUUUGGGAAUACCAUCAUCUUGCAACUGCCAAUACAAGAGGUACCAAAGACAUCAAUCGCGAUUCGCAGUACCUUAUCGGAUCAAUUACCAAGGUUUUUACCGUUUUUGUGCUUUUGAAGAGUGGCGUAAGUUUGGAUGCGUCUGUUACUGAGUUUCUUCCUGGUCUUGAUGGUGAUCGGUGGAAGGAUGUGAGCUUGAGGAUGUUGGCUUCAUACCUGAGUGGCACACCAGCGAACUAUGGGUUCUCCGAAUUUUACUUUCUCAAACACAUCUUUCAAGAAUACGGUCUACCACCAAUUGAAGACGAUGAGUAUCCACCAUGUGGUGUCGCAACUCUCAACAAGGCUUGUACUGGUCAAGGUAACAAGAUCAUAGACCACAUAAACGAUGGCACUGACAAACGAAACCAAACGAACGACCUGCCUAUUCCAACAUGGCUUUUGUUCUCCUCGGCAUGGCUAGAAGAAUAUACAGGCAAGACCUUUGAACAGUUACUGAAAGAGAUAGUAACAGACCCAUUGGAUAUGAACAACACAUUUGCGUCGCCUGGGAAUGAUAGUAGCGCAGUCAUUCCUCCUAGCGAUAGCAGCUGGGGAUCAGAUUAUGGGAUAAACACCCCAGCAGGUGGCCUAGUAUCCUCUAUUUCAGAUCUCUCCAAAUUCUCCCACGCUCUUCUCUCAAGGACUUUAAACGUGACACCAUCCGAGAUCAACGGCUGGUUCAAACCCACGGCUUUCGCAGGAAAUGCUUACACUAUGAGCGGCAUGCCAUGGGAGAUUCUCCGCUUACCGAAUCUUAUACCAAACAAUCCUCACACAGUCACUGUUUAUAGCAAAACAGGCGGUGCGCAGAACUACAGGAGUCAACUCAGUUUUGUAGAUGAGUACGGUCUAGCGAUUAUUGUUCUCACAGCUGGACCCAUGAACGCAGCGCCUGUUCUCGCUAAUGCUGUACUUUCUACCUUUAUAGAUGCUGCUGACGAGAUAUCUAGGGUGCAAGCGAAAAGAUAUGAAGGAUUGUAUAGGAAUGAGGGAGGUGUUGUUGAGGCGGUGUUGGAACAUGAUGGGGACUCGAUGGUGUUGACUUCCCUCCAUCGCAAUGGCACAGAUAUCGUGUCUUCACUUGUGGAUAUAUGGUGGUUUACAUUAGGUGAUUUUCUUCCAGAGAUUGGACCCAAGAUUCGAGUCUUUCCUAGUGAGCUUCGCGAGACUGAGGGUAAUGUUACGAGAGAAGUAUGGCAUCUCUGGCCUGAGCUCGACACAGGGUAUGAAACAGAUCUACCAGGGGACAUGAUUGAAGAAAUGAACUGCGUCGGAUGGACGAUACAGGAUUGGGUUCAUUACGGUGGUGAGCCAUUGGAUAGAGUCUUAGUGUAUAUUGAUCAGGAUGGGAGUGUGGUUGGCUUUGAGGUACCUUUUUUACGGUCGGGUAUUAUGUACCUUGAGAGAUGA